AUGCUGACGCUGACCCCUGCCACCACCGUGUCCUAUGACGUGAAGCGUGUAUUUCUGGCCCUUUCGGUCCUGGAGUUUGCGGUGGGCCUCCUGGCCAACGCUUUCAUUUUCUCAGUGAACCUCCGGGAUGUGGUGAGGAGGCAGCCGGUGAGCACCUGCGACCUUGUCCUGCUGGGUCUCAGCCUCACCCGGCUCUUCCUGCAAGGGCUGCUGUUCCUGGAUGCCAUCCAGCUGACCUACAUCCAGCAGAUGAAAGACCCGCUGAACCGCAGCUACCAAGCCAUCUUCCUGCUCUGGAUGAUCGCAAGGCAAGCCAGCCUCUGGCUCGCAACCUGCCUCAGUCUCCUCUACUGCUCCAAGAUCGUCCGCUCCUCAUACACCUUCCUGGCCUGCCUGGUGAGCUGGGUGCCCCGGAAGAUCCCCCAGGUGCUCCUGGCUGCUCUGCUCAUCUCCUGUGUCUGCGUCGCCUUCUGUCUGCAGGGCUACUUCAGUCAGUCUGGCUUCCUUGUCGCAGCUCCCGGAGUCACGAACCACAGCAAGAUCAGCAUGCGAGUCGUGCAACUGCAUUUCUUCCAUUCCUUCCUCAUCUGCAGCCUGGGGGACGUCCCCCCUUUCCUCAUUUUUGUUGUUUCUUGUGGGGUGUUGAUUGUCUCCCUAGGGAGGCACCUGAGGACAAUGAGGACCCUAACCAGCCACGUUGGGGACCCCAGCCUGGAGGCUCACAUCAGGGCCCUCCAGUCUCUGGUCUCCUUCCUCUGCCUGUACGUGGUGUCGUUCUGUGCGGCCCUGGCAUCGGUGCCUUUACUGAUGCUGUGGCACCACAAGCUGGGGGUGAUGGUCUGCGUGGGGGUCAUGGCCGCCUGUCCCUCGGGACACGCAGUCAUCUUGAUCUCAGGCAACCCCAAGCUGAGGAGAGCUGUGGGGACCAUGCUAUGCUGGGCCCAGAGUAGCAGACGGGGCAGAGCGGGCCCCAGGACACCAAAUCCCUGCUGA